AUGCAUCCACUGAAGGCCGGUGUGUGUGUUUAUGUGUGUAAGAUUUCAUUGGUUUUGAAGCACGAUAAUUAAACGUUCACACAACUCCUCCACGUUCGCACCGUGUUGCGUGCUGGCAGAGAGGAGGGUUUACAAAUUCGUAAUUGGUUGCGUGUUGACAAGUCGAUUACAUGAUUUUGGUGCAUGGAGACGUGCAUGCAUGCAACAGGCUGGUGAAAGUUAUAACGAUUGCCAGUCAUGAGACGGCGGAUUUGUCUGUCGUUUUCAUCAAGAAUGCAUAACUGAUCAUGAUCACGUACGUGUCUUUAUUUUAUAGCAGUAUAAAUUUUACAUGGAAUGGUGCUGAGAUUUUGUUUUACGACGGCAGUUCACUGUUGUCUUGGUAGCAAAACGUAGCUACCGGCUUAGCGAUCGAUGGAUGAGGUUGAGGCGAUUUUUUUUCCAUCUCGGUUCAAACGGGAGAUCUUUCGGACUACAGACGAUCGCCAGGGCGUAGAUACCCAUUAAUCAGAUACGAGAAUGGCUUCUGGUCGUGCAAAGAGAAAGCGGCUUUAUCAUCAGACACCCCCAUCCAUCGACAUUAGAAUUAAAGUAUGGAAAUGUUUGAGGGUGUCAGCCCAAGUUGCAGCGAAAGGGGUGGCUUCUGCCACCGCUUACAUCUUGAUGUUGUUGGGAUACCUGACUUACCUCAACCCCGUCCCAUGGCUAGCUUCGACCAUGAAAUCCCUCUUCACAAGGCAACGUCCCCGACGAAUGCUUACAUACCACAACUACCAACCGGUUACAUAUAAACCGCCCUUUAUUGAACGAGUUAAAAACACCUUGAAAAGUGAACAAUCUCUUAAGAAAGAACUGAUGAAUUGGCUUGAAACGAAACUCCCUUCAAGUGUUGUUGUCAAUGACUUCAGAGAGAGCUGGUCGAAUGGCGUUUCCCUGUGUGCCUUGAUGGAAGCAGUCGUGCCUUCUACAUGUCCUCGCUAUGAUCUUCUGAAGCCAGAGAGUCGGGUCAACAAUUGCAGACUUGGAAUGACACUAAUACGGAAAACCCUUGGUAUUGAAGAGCCAAUGGAACCCGAAGAGAUGUCUCUGCCUUCCCGAGCGAGCGAGACCAAACUUCUUCGAUACAUCCAGACAAUACGUUAUGCCAGUAUGAUACCAGUCGAAACCCCUUAUAACAAGAAAAGCCCCUGGAGCAAAGAAGGGGCUUGGCCCAAGAAAGCAACAUUCAGUGAGCCGGUAGACGAGGAGAGAAAACAACUUAUGGAAGCUGAUAAGGUUGAUUGCACAGCAAGUGGCAGCGGCCUAGUUAUUGCAAAGAUUGGCAAACGUGCAAAGUUCAACGUGUACACGCCCAGAUUCAUCUCCAAAAGCCUCUAUAUUCACAUCAAAGGUCCUUUGGGAGAAAGUGUAAGGCGGAAAAUAAUAAACCAUCUCCCUGGAGGACGCCCCCAUCGUGAUGAACCGGAUUCUUCCAACAUGAGUUCAGCCUCGGUUGAUGAAAGUCAUACGUCAUCGAGUGCGUCCUCGGCUUCAGGGGGUGUCAUUCCCUGCGAUUACCAGUGUGUCCGCGAGGGCCACUAUGAAGUCAGCUACAUUGCACAGUCUGAAGGAGCAUAUGAGAUCACCGUCACGUGGGGUGGAGAGCAGAUUCGCAACAGUCCGUUCACCGCGCAGUCAUCAGUAGCAGUCAAGAGAUCUCUCCCUGAUACGGAUCCAUCAGACCCUUCCCGCGUUGUCUGCUUCAUACAUGAGAAAAAAGUUUCGGGUACCACUGGCGUAGAAGACAGUGAAGACCAACCGUCUGGAGGACCAACGGACGACAAUCCUCUCCCUUCCCCGGACUCUUUCGAACAAGAAUACGCGCCAAAAUACAACGCACGAGCACGCAGAAGACAGUCCUUCUGUCGACAAUCCCACGUCAGUACUCUCCGGGAGUCCUACGAGAGUGGAGGAAGUACUUCACCUUACGACAGUCGCUGCAGCAGUAUGAUCAUGAGUAGCACGGAACGCAGUAUGGAUAGCGAUGUCUUUUAUCCGUAUGGAUCGGCGCGGGCUUCAUCCUUCAUCAGUUCUUCUCGUCGGGGACUGAUUAGUUCCUCGUCAUCCAGAAGUUCUAUGAUGAGCCAUCGAAGCAGUUCCAUUCUAAGCAGUGGUGGAGAUAGACCUGGGACGGUCAGAACCAGACGAAAGAUAAUUAAGCGAACUAUUCGAGGCGCCGGCGGUAAAGAAGAAAUCCAGUAUCCGAGCAGUGCUGACAUGUCGUCUGUCUCGAAUACUUCCUCCAUCAUGGGCAUGUCAAUGUCUGGCUUCUCGUCUGCAGGCAACACCAAUGACCAAUCGAGCGUGAGUGGAACCCCGUACGUUAGUGAUGAGCGUUUGACCGGCGUGAGCAGCUCUGCGUCAAGCGCCCCAUCUCCUACAGUUUUAGCUCCAGUUCCAACUUUAGCGAUAACUACCAGAGAGAUCCAUACGUUUGCUGAUCACAUUGCCAAGGUGGUGAUGGGAUCAGCCAUGUAUGAUCUUUCAAAGAAGUCCGUCCUUUCAGCAGGUAUAUCCCGAGGUAAAGCCACCUCGGAGGGACAUAAGGACCCUGAUAAACUAUCCAAAGGUAGCUUUGACUCUGAUGGCCAUGGAUUACCUUUUGGUCUUGAGUUGCAAAAUUUGAACGAUCCGUUGGUCAACGAAACUGUUGUCAAUCAAAAGAAAACUGUCAAAACGCAAAUGGGUGAAUCGUUUUCUAAUAGGGUUAAAACUGAGGAAAGUGGAGCCAGAAGUAAAGUUUCACAAAGUCCUAUGUUUCUUGAUGUAGCCGGAGCCAUUGAGGAUGUGUGCAACAAACCAGUUGAAUCACAAAUAACAAUAGAAUUUGAACCACAAUUAGGAGCCGACUCCUCAAGAAAUGCGAAGGAAAGCAGUUCUAACAGUUCUUCGACGACGGCAUCAGCAGAGCGAGAACAUGUUGACGAGGAGUCCGGCUAUUCCACCUUUGAAGAUACAAUGAGGUCCUCUGAUCGUGCCAUGCAUUUGCUUCGUCAGGUAAACAAAAAAGACAGUGAUACGAAUUCGAUGCCAAGUAAACACCUCAGUGCUUUUGAACCUCGUGGCUUUCGACCAGUUGAGCCAUCAGUGGACACCAAGCUCGACCAAAACAGUGUUCGUAGGGAUUCCAGUGAUCACAUACAUGCUCCGAAACCACAAAGGCAAUCAAAGAUUCGACGUAGGGCAGAUAAGCAAACCCAAUGCACGUCUGAUGACAUCAAGAAGGAAACUGGUUGGAUCAGUAGGAGAAAUGCCUUUACCAAACAAAAGCGAAGAGAGCAAAAUGACCCAUCUAUGGAAAAAGUGAAACAGAAAAAGAAGAUAUCCUCUCAGCCCGCAACAGCAAGAACAAGCCUUGCUAUGUCAGAUACAGGUGAAGGACCUGAGCACGGGAUAUCAUCCCCACGAAAGAGACUUGAACGUAGGACACCUUCAGUAGAAAAUAGCACAUCCCGUAAUACUCGACAAACAACUCCUUCUCAAGCGAAGAUCUGUUCUAGAUCGGUUGCUAGACAGUCGACCUUUGACAGUGGUUAUUCCGAUGAAAACGGGCACAUCUUUAGUCUUACAGGUCGCGACCGUUCAAAUUCGUCAUCAAAGAACAGAACAAUACGAGUGAAUAAUGAUAUAACUGUUGCGAAUGUUCAUAGCUUGCCAACACCACAGCACAUUGCGCCUGUUGGAGAAAGAUUUGAUAUCGCUGGAACACCAAACUGCCACAAAGAUCAGAAUGAUGAGAUCAAAACAAGAGUUGUAAGGAAACAACUGCCAAGUGGAUCGGAGAGUGCUCGUAAUCAGCUGCUCUCUGAGAAGCCCCGCCUAGGAGUAGAGAAUAUGAUUGAAGACGAAGAGAUCAUUGCCGUCACAAACAGGAGACCGAGUUUUAGCGCCAUUAAUUUUGAUCUCUCGCACCUCCAACACGUGUUGGACUCGCAGGAUCAAGAACAGACUCCCAAUCUUUCACCAGGUCCAAUAAGCAAAGAAACCCCGUCCGUUGAAAAUUUUCUUUCUGAAUCUGUGAAUGGGAAAUCCCUUGUGGAAACCGAUCGUAGUAGCGUGAGCGGAGAGAAAAAGAAUGACGAGAAAAACCAGGCGUCAUCGUAUGAGACGCCCAUUGCCCAUUCGACAAAUCCUCCUUUACAAGGGAAUUCGUAUCUUACAUUGGCGAAUGAAAAGGACGUACCAGUGAGUAAGCUCUUGGAAACUCUGGAAAAUGAUCCAGACUUCACCAUCAGAGAGUUUGUCCGAAAGUUCAUGCCAUCUCUUGGUGGGAAUUUAGGGUUCGCGGAUGAUGUCCUUGGUAGGGAUGCUGACAAGCUAUAUCCGACCAUUGAUGCGUUGGAACAGGAGAUGGAUUCGUCCUGGUCAGAACUGAAAUCCAGUUUUCCAUCAAGGGCAGGUGGGGACACGAACAGCAGAAAGAGCAGCAGAAGACAUACCCCUCGUGUUGGAACGCCUUAUAGCGCACACAGUUCAUCAGAUAGUUACCUUACCUCCAUCCGACCAUCCUACUGCCAGGCGAUGGGGAUGGGAAUUCGUGAGGGCCUGGUAGGAGUCAAGAACAAUUUCCAGGUUGAGACUUCCAAAGCUGGUGAGGGUUCCCUUGCUGUUUUUAUUCGAGGUCCUCGUCCUCAUACCGUUAAUGAGACGAGUGUGACCUUCACUGGAGAUGACCUUUAUGAGGUGGUCUACGAGGUCAAUCUUGCUGGUUUCUACGUCAUUUCGGUCAAAUGGGCAGACAAGCACAUACCCGACAGUCCUUUCAUCGUCCAGAUAUCAUUUUAAACUUACA